AUGGCGAAGGUGCUGGGGCCGGACCCCGCCGCCGCGCUCUCAGCCCGUUCGCUUCCGGUGCGCCGCCCAAAGCGCUCCGCCGCCGCCGCUCACCCCGACCAUCGGCGGUCCGCGGGCCGGCCGAGAGCAGCGCGGCAGCCCUGCGGGGUCACUCUCCCUUGCCUCCGAGAGUUCUUCAAGCGCUUGCUGCUGGUGUUGAUGCCAGGCAAGCACCAGCCGGACUUCAUCUACCUGCGGCACGUUCCCCUGCGCAAGGUGCACUUCUUCACCUUCAUCCAGGUGCUCUGCCUCGGCCUGCUCUGCGCCAUCAAGAUGUCCCCUGCUGCCAUCAUCUUCCCCAUGCUGGAUUUGGCUCUGGUCUUGGUGCGGAAAGCGAUGGAAUUCUGCUUCUCCAAGCGGGAGCUCAGCUUGCUGGAUGACCUUCUGCCAGAGAGCAGCAAGAAGGGGGUCAGUGCCACAAAGGAAGGCCAGCAAGAGGAGCCAGCCAGCGAGGCGACGAUGGAUGAGAACGGAGGAGACCAAAUGGCCUCCCUGAAGGACUUACUGGAAUACGACGAAGAGGCAGUGAUUGACCAGGGAAAAUGGAGCAGCACUGCCAGCAUUCACUAUGAGGAUGAGCUGGAAAUCCACCCCAUCCGUGGGAGCCAGGAGGACGAGCAGCAUGCUCCCCACAAACUCUUCUGCCAGCUGGCUGAGAUCUGCGUGGCAGAGGGGGAAGCUGCUGAGUGGAAGGAUGCAGCAAGGUGGUUCAGGUUUGAGGAGGACGUGGAAGACGGUGGCGAGCGCUGGAGCAAGCCCUACGUGGCCACACUGUCCCUGCCCAGCCUCUUGCAGCUGAGGAGCUUCAUCAGCAGUGGCACAGUGCUGCUGGACAUUGGGGCCAGUGGCAUGGAAGAGAUUGCAGAUGCCAUCCUGUGCCAUCAGGGACACAGCUCCAGGCUUGAUGAGGAGGCGCUGGCAAGAGUGCGAGAAGUGCUUCUGCUGCAGCAUCAGCAUCGGAUCAGCAAGGAGAGGAAGAGCUGCCUGCCCAGGGCUGUGGCACGAGGUGACUGCAGCCUGUCCACCUCUCUGAGUGCCUUUCUUUCCCUGCCAGUGGCAGCACUCAGCCCUCGGCCUUCUGCAGACGCUGCUGGGGCUGAAGGUGGGGGGAAGCAGGAGAGCUCCACAAGGGCUUUAAGCAAGGUGAGACCCCUGCAGCUUUCUUCUGCCUUCAAGGCCAGGUUGGCUCUGGCAAGGGUGGUGCCAGGGUGGGCUGCAGAGCACCCAGGGCUUUGCUCUUGGGGCAGCUGCCUGAGAAUUGCUUCUUGUGCCCAGGCGGAGCUGCGCUUGCUGAAGAGAAUUCCCAGCGGGGCUGAAGCCUGCAGCCUGCUCGUAGGGGAGCUGGGGGCCCUUCAGCAGCCCCUCCUGGCCUUUGUCCGCCUGGCCCAGGCUGUCCUCCUCCCGGGGCUGACCGAAGUGCCCAUCCCAACCAGGUUCCUCUUUGUUUUGCUGGGACCAGCAGGAAGAGCCCAGCAGUACCAUGAGGUCGGCAGGGCCAUGGCUACUCUCAUGAUGGAUGAGGUUUUCCAAGCAGUUGCCUACAAAGGCAAGAAGCCAGGUGACCUGGUGGCUGGCCUGGAGGAGUUCCUGGAGCGGGUGAAGGUCUUGCCAGCAGGCCAGUGGGAUCCCUCCAUCCGGAUCAAGCCCCCGGAAAAGGUCCCUCCCCAGGAGAAAAGGAAGGUGCCAGGAGCUGUGGAGGGCAGCGCUGCGUCGAGCGAGCCGGCGAGACACGCUGGGCCUGAGCUGGAGUGCACAGGAAGGCUCUGUGGAGGUUUCAUCCAGGACGUGAAGCGCAAAGCGCCCUGGUUCUGGAGCGACUUUCGGGAUGCCUUCAGCUUGCAGUGUCUGGCGUCCGUCCUCUUCCUCUACUGUGCCUGCAUGUCCCCUGUCAUCACCUUCGGCGGCCUGCUGGGGGAGGCGACCGAAGGCUACCUAAGUGCCAUGGAGUCCCUGAUGGGUGCCUGCCUGUCCGGCGUGGUCUAUUGCCUCUUUGCUGGGCAGCCUCUCACCAUCCUUGGCAGCACCGGACCCGUCCUUGUCUUUGAGAAGAUCAUCUACCAGUUCUGCAAGGACCAGGCGCUCUCCUAUCUGUCCCUGCGGGCGUGCAUCGGGCUCUGGACCACCUUCCUCUCCCUGGUGCUGGUGGUGACCGACGCCAGCUCCCUGGUGCGCUACAUCACUCGCUUCACCGAGGAGACCUACGCCUCCCUCAUCUGCCUCAUCUUCAUCUACGAGGCUCUGGAGAAGCUGAGUGCCCUGCGACUCACCUACCCUGUGCACACGCCCAGCGCCCUCGACUCCCUCACCACCUACAGCUGCAAGUGUGUGGCACCAGCCCAGCCCAGCAACCAAACCCUGCGUUUCUGGGAGAGCACCAAGGUCAACGUGUCUGGCAUCGCCUGGCACAACCUCACGGUGACUGUUUUCCAAGCAGUUGCCUACAAAGGCAAGAAGCCAGGUGACCUGGUGGCUGGCCUGGAGGAGUUCCUGGAGCGGGUGAAGGUCUUGCCAGCAGGCCAGUGGGAUCCCUCCAUCCGGAUCAAGCCCCCGGAAAAGGUCCCUCCCCAGGAGAAAAGGAAGGUGCCAGGAGCUGUGGACGGCAGCGCUGCGCACCACCACCAGAAGCAGUCUGAGAACUGCUCAGGAACAUCUGAAGCAGCUGGCAGGCCCCAAGCCUUUGAAGGAGAAGAGUCAGAACCCUGGCUCCAGGCUGUUGGUGUCUGCGUGAAGUGCCCUGUGCCCAUCUGGGACGGGUGCAUGAAGACGAGUGCAUGA